AUGGUGGCUCAGAUCUUUGCUGGCGCGCUCGGAGGAGCAGUUGAAGUUACGGAGUUCGGGUCACAAGCAGCCGGGAAAGGGGAAACCGCGAAAGUGAAGCAUCUACUGGACAACGGGGCAAACGCUUCGGCCGUGGAUUCGCAAGGCCAGACAGUGCUCCACGUCGCUGCAUCUGGGGGACACGAUGAUAUUAUUAGCAUUCUCUUGAGGCGAGGGGCCGACAAGCAUGCAAGAAACCGCUCUAAUCACCGUCCCUCGGAGCUCGCCAGGUUGCUUGGUCAUAUUCCCCUUGCGAACAAAUUGGAGCUGAACUUGCUUUGA